AUGGCUGCAUUCUCUAGAGGUUUACGGUCUCUUGGCCUUCGAUCAGAGUCCAUAUGCCCACGAUGUCUUCAAUUCUCAACUUCUGCUACCGCGCAAUCAGGCCAUAAUCGAUGGUCCAAGAUCAAGCAUGACAAAGGCAAUGCAGAUGCGAAAAAGAAUGCAGAGCGCUCUCUAUUCGCUCGAGAUAUAGCUUUAGCUUCGAAACUCUAUGGUGGAGAUCCGAACACAAACCCCAGAUUAGCAACGAUUCUGCAGACCGCGAAGAAAGCUGGGUUCCCGAAAGCUUCUAUGGAAGCAGCGAUUGCAAGAGGACAAGGAAAGUCAGCAACUGGAGCAGCUCUCGAAAAUGUUACUCUGGAAGUUAUCACGCCAUCUACGGUUGCCAUGAUAAUUGAGAUGGAAACGGACAAUAGAAAUCGGACAUUAUCAGAUGUCAGGAAUCUAGUCAAGAUCCAUGGCGGAAAUGUGACACCUACGAACUACCUCUUUCAGAAGAAGGGAAGAAUUGCUUUCGAAAAGCACGAAGGCAACAUCGGAGUAGACGAGAUCUUAGACGAAGCUAUCGAGGCGGGAGCAGAAGACGUCGAGACGGAUGAUGAUGGAAGCAUUGUACUAUGGACAGAACCAAGCAAGACUAUGGCAGCCGCGGAAGCUCUGCAGAAAAGUCAUGGCCUGAAAGUGGAAAGCGCAGACAUUAUCUGGGAUGCGAAUGAGGAUACCAGAGUCUCGAUAGAUUCCGAAGAUGUGGUGAAAGCAUUGACUGAAUUCGCUGAAGCUCUCCAAGAUUAUCCCAAUGUCCAGGGAGUUUAUACCAAUGUUGUGAAGGGGGUGAACAUAUCUGAGGGUAUCUGGGAAGGUCUCUUGGAGAAUUUGGACGCAUAG